AUGUGUCGAGGGUGUUUUGAGGGGAAGGGGUUGGAGUGGCACAGUAGCGUGGCACGUGAAGAGCGUGCCAUUCACAACACUAGACAGAGGGGGAGAGACAUGGGGGGAAGGACACAGGUGGAGAGACAGAGGUAUAUUCUCCUUUGCCUCACCUGCUUCCCCCCAUCCCCUUCCCUGCUUCCCCCCAUCCCCUUCCCUGCUUCCCCCCAUCCCUUCCCUGCUUCCCCCCAUCCCCCUCCCUGCUUCCCCCCAUCCCCUUCCCUGCUUCCCCCCAUCCCCCUCCCUGCUUCCCCCCAUCCCCCUCCCUGCUUCCCCCCAUCCCCUUCCCUGCUUCCCCACAUCCCGCUCCCUGCUUCCCCCCAUCCCCUUCCCUGCUUCCCCCCAUCCCCUUCCCUGCUUCCCCCCAUCCCGCUCCUUGCUUCCCCCCAUCCCCUUCCCUGCUUCCCCCCAUCCCCUUCCCUUCUCUACACGGCCACCGAAGCACCGCAUCCAGCAGAUCUUCGAGUGAAUCUGCCCUGA